ACUACACGUGAAGGAGACACGCACACUUCCGGCUUCCUUUUUCUCCUGAAGAACAAACUGCUGCAAUGGCAAAGCUAAUUUUGUUAUGCCUUAAAUUUAUCAUUUUAUGCGGCACUGUCGAGUCUGUGUUUGAGGAUCAAGUAGGGAAAUUUGACUGGAGGCAGCAAUAUGUUGGCAAGGUUCGCUUUGCCCAUUUCGACACACAUGUGCAGUCAUCCAAAAAGGUGCUUUUGGCAACCGAGAAGAAUGUCUUUGCUUCACUCAAUACGAGGACCGGAGAACUCUUCUGGCGGCAUGUGGAUAUGACUGGGCCGGAGGGGAACAUUGACGCUCUUCUGCUACAUGGACAAGAUGCGGUGGUCGUUGUUGGUAACGGCCGCCAGCUCCGUUCCUGGGACAUAAAUGUUGGUGGUUUGAACUGGGAGAUGGUCCUGGACUCUGGCAGUUUCCAAGCUGCAUGUUUAGUUGGCCAGCAAGACAUCGUGAAACACGUGGCUGUUUUGAAGAAAACUGCCCUCUCUCUCCAUUACCUUUCUAAUGGUCAUCAAAAAUGGAUCGAGAAUCUACCAGAAAGUGAAACAGUGGAUUACCAGGCUGUGUAUUCUGGUGGAAAUGGGGAGGUGUAUGCACUGGGAAUUGUUCCUCAUUCCCAUAUUGCAAUUGUUGCUUACAGUUUAGAUGAUGGAGAAAUAAUCAAGCAGACCUCUGUGGAAGCUCCGUGGCUGUCUGACAUCCAGGCCAGCUGUACUGUGAUUGGCCGGGGGAUGUUGACGUGUGUGGACUCACCAGCUGUAUCUCUGUACACGCUUGACUUGCAUGGACAGUCAGAGAUGACCCAGAUCCCCCUGCAGUCUCUGGGACUUGAAGUCACCGACGGCUUCCAACCAGUACUAGUGUCCACGCAGCCCAACCCAGCACGCCCCCCUCUGUCAGAAUUCUUUCUUCAGCUCGGGCCAGAACACCACUUGCUUCUGCAGCUCAACAAUGAUCGGAUAGUUACACUGAGAGAUUUCAAGCCUGCCCUGUUGGUGUCAUUUGCUACACCUGGAGAGAAGACCGUAGCUGCUGUAAUGUCGCCCAAGAAUAAAACCGCUUGCAGUCUGAACCUCUUCAGUGCAGAAACUGGACGCAGACUUCUAGACACAACACUGAUUUUUAAUAUGGAUCCUUUUGGUGGGAAACCAGAGAAGCUGUAUGUGCAGGCAUUCCUGAAGAAAGACGACUCUGUUGGCUACAGGGUCAUGGUGCAGACGGAAGACCACACACUCACCUUCAUACAACAGCCAGGGCGUGUAAUGUGGACGAGAGAAGAGGCCCUCUCAGAUGUGGUGACAAUGGAAAUGGUGGAUCUGCCUCUGACAGGAACGCAGGCGGAGCUGGAAGGAGAGUUUGGCAAAAAGGCUGACGGCCUGUUCUCCAUGUUGCUGAAGAGGCUCUCUUCUCAGCUCAUCUUGCUGCAGGCCUGGAUCGCCCACCUUUGGAAAAUGUUCUAUGACGCGAGGAAGCCUCGCAGUCAAGUCAAGAAUGAAGUGACCAUUGAGAACCUUUCCAGAGACGAGUUCAACCUGCGGAAGAUGAUGGUUAUGGUUACUGCGUCUGGGAAGCUUUUUGGUAUCGACAGCAAGACCGGCAGUAUUUUAUGGAAGCACUACCUGGAGAACAUCCCAUCGAAUGCAGCUUUUAAACUUAUGGUGCAACGGACCACUGCUCACUUUCCUCACCCGCCGCAGUGCACACUGCUCAUCAAAGACAAGGACACUGGCCUGGCCUCACUCCAUGUAUUUAAUCCCAUCUUUGGAAAGAAGAGUCACGUCAACCCACCUGCUCUGCCUCAGCCGAUACUUCAGUCACUCAUGCUGCCUGUCAUGGACCAGGAUUAUGCCAAAGUCUUACUCCUUGUUGAUGACCAGUACAAGGUGUCCGCUUUCCCCUCUACAAAGAACGUACUUCAGCAGCUCCAGGAGAUAGCCUCGUCCAUAUUCUUCUAUCUUGUUGACUCCAGCCAGGGACGACUUUCUGGCUACAGGCUACGGACGGACUUGUCGACUGAGCUGAUCUGGGAGAUCGUCCUCCCCACCGAGGUACAGAAGAUUGUCUCGGUCAAAGGGAAAAGGCCCAAUGAGCACGUGCACUCUCAGGGCAGAGUCAUGGGAGACCGUAGUGUCCUUUAUAAGUACCUAAACCCAAAUCUACUGGCUGUGGUGACUGAGAGCACAGACUUGCAUCAGGAGCGAAGCUUCGUGGGGAUGUUCCUGAUUGACGGCGUGACCGGUCGCAUCAUCCACGAGGCUGUUCAGAGGAAGACCAAAGGACCGGUGCAUGUUGUGCACUCUGAGAAUUGGGUGGUGUACGAGUACUGGAGCACCAAAUCGCGUAGGAACGAGUUCUCCGUCAUUGAACUGUAUGAAGGGAUGGAGCUCUACAACAGCACUGUGUUCAGCUCGCUGGAUCGGCCGCAUGCUCCUCAAGUGCUUCAGCAGUCUUACAUUUUCCCUUCAUCGAUUUCUACCAUGGAGGCCACGCUGACGGAGAAAGGCAUCACCAGCCGCCAUUUGCUCAUUGGCUUGCCAUCUGGAGGCAUUUUGUCAUUACCCAAGAUGUUCCUCGACCCUCGGCGGCCAGAGAUCGUAUCGGAGCAAAGCCGGGAAGAGAACCUGAUACCGUACGCGCCAGAGCUACUGAUCCGAACUGAGUGGUUCAUUAAUUACAAUCAGACUGUAUCAAGAGUCCGAGGAAUUCACACUGCGCCGUCUGGACUGGAGUCAACCUGCCUGGUGGUGGCAUAUGGUCUCGACAUCUACCAAACGCGCGUCUAUCCCUCAAAGCAGUUUGACGUACUGAAAGACGACUACGACUAUAUGCUGAUCAGCAGCGUUCUCUUUGCACUUUUCUUCGCCACCAUGAUUAGCAAACGCCUGGCAGAAGUCAAACUGCUCAACCGGGCCUGGCGGUAAAGCAAUGGUCACAAUCCCAUCUCCCGCAGCACCGCAGGCUGCGUGAAGGACCUCAGCCCAAGCAGAGGAGAAGAGGCGGCUGAGGCGGUGCCUGUAGAAGAACACGGGUCAAAUUCAAUGAUGCCCUUAAGGAACUGCAGAGGUGAGGGGACGGGGGGGUGGGGGUGAAAGGAGGAAUUAGUUGAGGUUUUUAUGUCUUUAACUUAUUUUGCAAGCACAAGGAAUAAUUUCAAUGUGCCAUGUCAUUUUGAUUAAACGUAACACAUAACUAAUAACAAAUGAAAUAGGAUUUAACAAAUUUUUGGAAUUUGUAAAUUCCCACACGUGUGAAAAUUAGAUGGUUAAGCAAUGUAGUUUUUUCCCCAAAAAAAAUUGUUUGACAUUUCAGCUUCAGUAGACUGAUGGAGAAGAAUUGCAUAUUUCAAGAUCAAUGAAAAAAAUUGGUUAUGCAACAUAGGAGCAUAUUGGAAAUUAAAUCCUGCAGAAUCCUUGAUUCCCAAAUGCAAUUUGUGUUGAUGGUAAAUGAACUGUGAGCAGAUAAUGCAGAAUGGACAGUGAGUGGUUAUUUGUGUUUUCCUGGUGGCUCUCCCACCAAAGGCACAGUCACCAUUUUCUUGCCUUGUCUUUAUGUACAUUCAUCCUGCAGCUUAUACUUGUGCUAGAAGUUUUUAUCCACUGUCUGCCGCUGUUGAUGCUCCAUUAAAAUUUGUUAUAGAACUCC